AUGCGGUUCUCACAUUUUUGGAAACUUUUUCACCGAGAGCCCGAAUUUUAUGCCCUCAGGAGCGAGAUUGAUAAUGACGAGGAGGAUCGUAUUGAGUCCAAAGAGCUUCUCAAAAAGAGGACUCUUGCACGAAAGCCGGCUCAUUCCACCGCCUGGAUCUUCUUGACGAUUACGAAUGUGGUCAUAUUGAGUAUCAAUAUCUUUCUAGUAUUCAGUGGCAAGAGAAGCUUCUCAAGUGACCAGAGAAAUGCUAUUCUCAGACCAGUGUCAUGGUGGUCACCCAUCCUUGAUGAUAUAGAGAUUCCAGGAUAUGAAACGACACUGAAAGGAACGCUCUUUCCUUUGCCAGAGAUAUCAAUUGCCCGCCAGGAGCCCAGUGCUGAAAAUGACGCAGCUUGGCAUCAGUAUGAGAAGGUCUUAACACAUGUUGUCACUCGGGAGCAAAUAAUCAAGCUAGGCAAAGACCCUGAGAAGGUUGCUCGCUUUGAUGAUGAGUACUGGGGAAUGGGAGAUGAUGCAUAUAUGGUCCAGCUGGAUGUAAUGCAUCAAAUUCAUUGUCUAAACUUACUCCGCAAAUCUGCCUUCGCGGACUAUCCGGGCUAUGAACCAGAGAUGGAUCCCAAGGAUAAGAUGUGGUGGAUUCAUCUUGGUCAUUGCACCGACAUACUUCUCCAAAACCUCCAAUGCAAUGCAAAUACGGAGGUUUUGACCCUGGACUGGGUAGAAGGUCGCCAGGCCCCAUGGCCAGACUUCAGCGUGAAUCGGAAAUGUCGCGACUUCAAUGCGCUGGUGGACUGGCAACACAACAAUGCCGUUGACGCCGAUAAAUUCGAUGCAGUAUCGGCUCCUAAAGAUGCUUUCGUGUGGCCUGCGCCUUGGAAAAAGCAGGACUACGAGCUUGGUACCAAAUUGGGCGAGCAUCACAUGCAGGAGGGAGAAGUUCUCAGUGACCCACACAAAAAUCACGAUCAUCAUCCCACAAGGGAUUAA